AUGCAAUGUCUCGCACCACAGCGACCGAGCUUCAAGGCUCUCGCCGACAUCCUUUAUCGACAUCGGCGUCACCAAUUCAGCACCUCCCAACCGCGACUCCAGCUGAAACAAGUCCCGUUUCUAUCAUCGUGGAACCAAGACGUGUUUGAAAGAGAAGCCUAUCUCCCAGCGACGCCAGCUCGACUACCUCGCUCUGCAGAACACAUUCCUCCCGCAUGUUCCAAAUGGUUCAUCCACGACAAUGAUGUCGACUUUGUCUUGACGUCGAGUACGACCUCGCCGUCGACAAACAAUAGUACAGAUGUCAAAACGAUCCACUUUCCAACUUCGUCCGAGCUACGGACGUCGUUUUGGUCCGACUACGAAUCCGCCAUUGUCCCGCUAGAAAUCACGUCCAAGGGCAAUCGUCACGAGGGCGAAGAAGAGACCUUUGAGCGAAUCGAGGCGCCAUUGAAGGUGCUGUUGACAUACCUCUCGAACCCUGACAGUUCGAUUUCAGGUUCGAGCACUCAAUUGCCACCGCCGUCACAAGAGAACAAACACUCUAUCUACCUGGCCCAAUGCGACUUGACGUCCCUACCUUCCUCUGUGGUCGAUGACAUUCCGACACCGACACCACUGAGGAUCGUCAGCAGCAGCAGCAGCAGCAGCAGCAGCAGCAAGAGCAGAUGCAACCCGGACUCCAUAUCCUCUGGUUCCUCCUCCACUUCCUCUGCUUUCUAUUCCGGAGAAGCUGGAGGCAACCGACCCAAGAAACGGAGAGGCAUGAUUAAAGGCGACAUUUACGCCUCGUCACUCUGGCUAGGUCGCCCACCCACCUACACGCCACUCCACCGCGACCCGAACCCGAACCUGUUCAUCCAGCUCGCGGGCCGCAAGGCUGUGCGCCUCCUGCCGCCCGAAGUCGGCGGUGCGAUUUUCGACGACGUCCAGGACAGAAUCAGAAUCGCUUCACGGACAGCACGGCACACGCCAAGCUCGGCGACAAUAAGGGGGGAUGAAAUGAUGGUCGGACCCGAGAAAGUAGCCUUGCACGACGCGAUAUGGCUGGACGACGACGACGACGACUACGACAACCACGUCGAUAGCGACACUGACGACGACAAGCCGAAAACGAAAAAUCGAUACAGCGACGUCCUGCGGACGUACGGGCUGGAGACGCACCUCCAGUUGGGCGAUGCUCUUUUCAUCCCGAAGGGGUGGUGGCAUAGCGUCAAGGGUGUCGGUCAUGGCGUCACUGCAAGUGUGAAUUGGUGGUUUCGAUAA